UGAUUUCGAUGUACUUUUUCAAGCAUUACGCAGUCCUGUCCCCCUUUUUGAUGUUGUUGUGGAAUGCAUUGCCAGCCGUGUCAGUGCUAGAAAAAUCUUGACUGGUGAGGAUCUAAUUUGUAGGAUAAAAAUCAAUCAGUUUCCAAUCUUGCGUGGUGGGAGGGAAGAUUUGUGCAGGGAAACAGAAGAAGUGGUAGAGGAAGAACAAUAAGAAGAAGAAGAAGAAGAAGAGGAGGAGGGAAAAGUAUAGGAAAUCUCUGCAACCCCUGGAGUCUCAUUCAGCACCACUCGCUACUGGACAGCGUCUGAGCGGCAGGGAAUUUGUUCAAACCUCGAGCCUGGGAGUAACACCGCAUCUGCACAGGGCGCGUUAUUACCACCACAACUAACAACACUUAUAAUUAAUACCGGCGUUUUCACUCCCCACACCUUCUUCUUCUUUUCUUCUUCUUUUUUUUUUUUUUUUUGUUAAUCUGUGCGGCGGGUUUGGCAAGAAGCGUUCAAACAGGAGGCGAGUGCUGACUGGAGCUGUCGCUGCCAAACAAAGACGCAGGAAGAAAAAAGAAAGAAAAAAAACUGGACGGCAUCAGAGAUCUCAAGAAGUUCAUUUUCUCCACUUUUAGACUCACUAGUAUCAGGAGGAUUUAAAGGAGCCUGCCGUAGAAUCCACUGGGUCGUCUUGUGACGUUCUGCCUGCUUGAAGAAGAGCGCUAAAUGCACCCGAGUGACCCGGGAGAAGCAGAGAAAAGAGGCUCACUUUCCACCUUUGUUCUUGCCUUAUGUUACCUUGUCUCAGCUCACCCCUGUGCUGUUUAGUUACUGCAUGUAGCCAACACUUCCAGGUGCAGCAAAAGAGUGAAACACAAAGAGGAAAGAAGAAAGAGAUAAAGAGAGCGAGGCUGCAUAAUUAGUAUUACUGAGUUUGUGUCAGAGCUAGAGACCAUGAGAAGAGACUUCUGAAAACAACUGUGCUCUGAAAAACAUUGCGGCUAACCUUCAGGACAUUUGUAUGUGUGUGUGUGUGUGUGUAUGUGUGUGUGGGAGUAUAUGUGUGCACAACUCUUUCAUUUUCAAAGGACUUGACUUUGUAUUUGAAUGCGGAUUUAGCCUUUCAUUAUGACUCUGCAAGGAGGCUUUGAGAGAGCGUGGACUGGCUGCAACAGAGGUGUCUUCUGCUGGGUGUUGCUGCUGCCUUGUUAUUUCGUGAUUGCCUUGGCAGCCAAACCCAAAAUGCCAGGCCACACACACCUCAAUUCCAUACGUAUUGAUGGGGACAUAUCUCUGGGUGGGCUGUUCCCAGUGCAUGCAAGGGGAAACGAUGGCAAAGCCUGUGGGGAGUUGAAGAAGGAGAAAGGGAUCCAUAGGCUGGAGGCCAUGUUAUUUGCCCUGGAUCGUAUCAAUAAUGACAAUGAGCUGCUGCCUAAUAUCACUCUGGGGGCACGCAUCCUGGACACCUGCUCCCGGGACACCCAUGCUCUGGAGCAGUCGCUGACAUUUGUUCAGGCGCUGAUUGAGAAAGAUUCAACUGAUGUCAAGUGUCUCAGCGGAGGGCCGCCCAUCAUCACUAAGCCUGAAAGAGUGGUGGGAGUGAUUGGUGCAUCUGCCAGCUCCGUGUCAAUCAUGGUAGCCAACAUUUUGCGUCUCUUCAAGAUCCCUCAGGUGAGCUAUGCCUCCACGGCUCCAGAGCUGAGUGAUAACACCCGCUACGACUUCUUCUCACGGGUGGUGCCCCCAGACACCUACCAGGCCCAGGCCAUGGUGGACAUUGUCAAAGCCAUGCGCUGGAACUAUGUUUCCACUGUAGCCUCUGAGGGAAACUACGGAGAAAGUGGCGUUGAUGCGUUUAUUCAAAAGUCCAGAGAGGACGGUGGUCUGUGCAUUUCCCAGUCCGUGAAAAUACCACGUGAGCCAAGGACUGGAGAGUUUGACAAGAUUAUACGCAGGCUGAGUGAGAACCCCAACGCCCGAGUAGUCAUUAUCUUUGCUAAUGAGGAUGACAUCAGGCGGCUCCUUCAGGCAGCUAAGAAGGCCAAUCAAACCGGCCAUUUCAUCUGGGUAGGUUCAGACAGCUGGGGCUCCAAAAUCUCCCCAAUACUGAACCAGGAAGAAAUGGCAGAAGGUGCUGUCACCAUCCUACCCAAACGACAGUCCAUCAAAGGUUUUGAUCGCUACUUCAUCAGCCGAACACUAGAGAACAACAGAAGGAAUAUCUGGUUUGCAGAGUUCUGGGAGAAUAACUUCCAAUGCAAGCUUAGUCGGCACGCUGUGAAGAAAGGAUCUGGCAUCAAAAAAUGCACAAAUCAUGAGCGGAUCGGGAAAGACUCAUCCUACGAACAAGAAGGGAAGGUUCAGUUUGUGAUCGACGCAGUUUAUUCCAUGGCUCAUGCUCUACAUAACAUGCACAAGGAUCUCUGCCCUGGAAAAGUUGGCCUCUGCUCCAAGAUGGAUACCAUCAACGGCACACUGCUGCUCAAGUACAUCCGCAAUGUCAACUUUACAGGAAUUGCUGGCACCCCGGUGGUCUUCAACGUGAAUGGAGAUGCUCCUGGUCGCUAUGAAAUCUACCAAUACCAGAUCAUAAAUAACACCACAGAAUACAAGAUCAUUGGCCACUGGACAGAUCAGCUCCACUUAGACACUAAUGAGAUGCAGUGGCCUGGUGAAUCCCAAGAAGUCCCGUCCUCUAUAUGCAGCCAACCCUGUCGUCCUGGGCAGCGCAAGAAGACAGUGAAGGGAAUUCCAUGUUGUUGGCACUGCGAGAAUUGUGAUGGUUACCAGUAUCAGGCAGACACUUACACCUGCAAGAUGUGCCACUUUGAUUUGCGGCCGAAUGCGAACCACACUGGCUGUGAUGCUAUUCCCGUUGUCAAGCUGGAGUGGAGCUCCCCCUGGGCAGUCAUCCCUGUCCUUAUCGCUGUCCUGGGCAUCAUGGCUACUGUGUUUGUGGUCGCCACGUUUAUACGCUACAAUGACACACCCAUUGUUAAGGCAUCAGGUCGAGAACUGAGCUAUGUGCUGCUGACAGGUAUCUUUCUCUGCUAUGCUACAACAUUCCUUAUGAUCUCCACUCCUGAUGUGGUUAUCUGCUCCCUGCGAAGGAUUUUCCUGGGCCUGGGUAUGAGUAUAAGCUAUGCAGCGCUGCUGACCAAGACAAAUCGGAUCUACAGGAUUUUUGAGCAGGGCAAGAUGUCGGUCAGUGCCCCUCGAUUCAUCUCCCCAGCCUCCCAGUUGGUCAUCACAUUCAGCCUGAUAUCAGUGCAGCUGCUUGGAGUGUGCAUCUGGUUUGGUGUUGACCCAUCACAAGCCAUCAUCGACUAUGAGGAUCAGCGCACAUCCAAUCCUAAAAUGGCCCGUGGUGUUCUGAAAUGUGAUAUAUCAGACCUCUCUCUCAUCUGUCUGCUGGGUUAUAGCAUGCUGUUGAUGGUCACCUGCACAGUUUACGCCAUCAAGACCAGAGGGGUUCCGGAGACAUUCAACGAGGCCAAGCCCAUCGGCUUCACCAUGUACACCACCUGCAUCGUAUGGCUUGCCUUCAUCCCCAUCUUCUUUGGGACCUCACAAUCAGCAGAAAAGAUGUAUAUCCAGACCACAACCCUGACCAUCUCCGUAAGCCUCAGUGCGUCGGUCUCUCUGGGAAUGCUCUACAUGCCUAAGGUCUACGUGGUUCUCUUUCAUCCAGAGCAGAACGUACCCAAGCGCAAGCGCAGCCUGAAGGCUGUGGUCACUGCAGCCACCAUGUCCAACAAGUUCAACCCCAAAGGUGGCCUGAGGCCCAAUGGAGAGGCCAAGUCUGAACUCUGUGAAAGUCUUGAAACACAAGACUGUGUUGAGGGAGGGGAGCCUUGUGAGGGACUUUAGGCUCUCAGCAUUGGCUUCCAAGCAGACAUACAUAAGCUACAGUAACCAUGCCAUCUAAGCCAGAGACAAACAGUGGAAGCGGAGCCAGGGCCUGUCUGAGAAGAAAUCACCUGAAUCUGGGGAAUACUGGGGAAAUACUGGAGGACUUCUAUGCUGCUACAGCACAGAGGACUGGGGUGGAAAGAUGGGAAUUUGUCACUCCAUAAAGUGAAAGGAUGUCAUAUUUUUCUAGAGAAUCAGGUAAAGGCUUGAAUGCCAAAAUUAUGAGAAAUUAGUAGAUUUGCAGGAAGGAGAUGUAAGGGAGAUUGGACAGUUCAUUUUCUUCUUCCCACCCUUUCUGAGACGCAAGUGAGCAUUGAGCAGUGACGUUUCCAGAUGCAGGCUAAGUGAACCACCUGUAGUCUACAGUAUUUUUUUUCUUCUGAAGUGUAAAGCACACAAUUUCAGCUCUCUAUGAGGCUGAAUCGUUUGUCUGAAUUCAACAAAAACGGGGGGGAAAGUGUUCCGUUUUUGCUAAAGUCAAAUGCAGUCGACAAGAUGAAACAGUAUAACAAUAUAGUCAUUAUUUUUGUUUCCUGGUAUUAUUGGGGUGGAAAGCUACAGUACUCUUUAAACUGUACAUGCCUUACUACAGCACAUUCAGUAUCUCUACAUGAACUAACCAUAUCUGAUACACCUGGAAAUAAAGCAGUGGCUCAUCCCAGUUUUUUUUAUUAUUUUUUUUUAUAAUUGUUUCAUAAUAAUGAAAAUUAUGCCAUCAUCGUGGCAAACCUAGUGUACAGUCCUAGAGCAUGCUUGUGGGAGCAUCACGUGUACUGUGCUUUGUUGUCAACGUCUUUGGAAUGCAACGUUUGUCAUGGUUGUCAUUCACAGUGGAACUGUCAUUUUGGAGCAUUACCCACUGGGAUACCCUCUGCUGAACAAAGUCAUUUCAAAAAUAAGGAGCUAAUUUAAAAUCCUAUUGUGAUGGAAUAUCUUCAUAGUUUACACCACACUCCAUAAAUGUCAGCCAGGACUUAAAGACUUGUCAAAGCAUAUUUUAAACAUCCCAGACUUAUUGGCCUUUAUUUAUCAUGCGCUUGUUGAAGCAUUUGCAAAUUCAAGCAGUUGGAUGAUUGCAGUGGGAUUAUUGUGAGAAUUCAUGUUUCCCUAUUUGUUAAACUACCAUCUCAGCUAACAUAAAAAAAAAAUUACAAUUCUUGACACAAUAAUGACACACUUGCAUUUGGCAUUCCCUCCAAUAAAUUACACUAACUUUUAUUUCCUUAUUAUCCUGUGUUUUCUAGGUCUAUAUUUGUGUAUUUCUAUGUUUAAAAACCUCUUAAUCUUAAUUUGUCUGGCAGUAAAACUAGAAUAACAAUACAUUCUGUCCCUAAACACUUGAUUUGUGAAGGAAUAAAAAGUAUUACAUGGGGACCUCUUUUGAUAUGUGAUCGAAUCAUAUGUAAUCUGUGUUUCUUGCAAACAAUUUCCUUUUCAGGGUCAUGAAUUUUGAGGCUACAGUGGAAAUGUUGGGAGACAGUUUGAAUAGUAUUUUGGGGACACAAUUAGGCUCAUGCAGCUACUGCAUGAGCUACACCAAUGGCAUAAAUGUUCAGAGAUAAUUAGGUGGAUGACACCUACUUAUAUGAUUUCCUAAGGAGUGUUUUACCAUUCAACAGACCCAAUACAGCCUUUUAAGGGCUGUUUAAUCCUAGAGAAUAGUAUUUUGGUAAUUGUCAGAUUUUUACAUAUAAAUACAUUAGUCACUUAUUUAGCCAAAGCGGACCUUGUUACUGUAACCCUGCAUUAAGUGACAGGGUCACUCUUGGUGUGGAUCCAAAUGAGAAUUAACAUUAAAGUCUGCAGCGCUAUAGACAUUAAUUUAUUUUCACAGUAAUAUUGACAACCUAUCAUUUUUAGAUAAAAAUGGGGCGGGUAUGAAGCUGCUUGAUAAAUAUAGGCCAGUGCCUUCAUUCCGUGCCUCAUACCCAUUGAACUACUCCUGCCAUUUUUCCCAUGGAUCCUUCAUGGUGGAUCCUUCAUGGUGUCGUCCUGUUGAAUCCAUUACCUUUCAAUCAUGAGGAAGAGAAGACUCAAUGUACAAUUUAUAAUUAAGUGUAAAUGCCAUUUCUGUCUCCAGUCUCUAAAGUAUUUGUCAUAAACAGUAACUCUGGAAUUUGUCUCAUUUAAUGUUAUCCUCAGUGAUGCAAAGAUAUGUAUGUUGCAUGUCCAAACUCAUGACAAGUCAUGUGAACAAUUUGAGAGAAAGGUGUAAUGUCCAGAAGGAAAACUACUGCAGAGGAUUAUAAAUAACUAAUAUUUUGGUUUAAUCAAUGAUUCUCUCAGCUUUAACAAAAGUCUAGGGUGUUGCUGCAAAUGUUUUCGCAUCAGUUGAUAAAGUAUUGUUUGUGGGAUUGUUUGUGUUUGUGAAUAUGAUAAUUUACUGCUUUUUUGCCACAACACCCCUCUCUCCCUCCCCUUUAUUUUUCUAAAACACUUUGUCUGUAUUACAAAAUAGUAUAUAUAAGUGCUGACUGAAAUUAAAUGGCAAGUUAAUGUACGUUAUUAAAAUGGAUUGAUCAUGUCUGCUUUAUGUACUGAAUUAUAAAAAAAAGAUUUAAAAAAAUUACAGUGCCUGGAUAUUUAUGAAUUAUCUAUAGAAAAAAAAUGUGUAGAGCAUGUUCAUUUUUAUACAAGAUAUUUCUAA